GCGUCGCACCAUCGUCGUCGGCAGCGAGCGUCUCGACCGAGCGUCGCCUCGUCUCGCCAGGCUAGUAUCAAGCCGAGAGCCGUCGAGAGGGUCGAUCCACCUCCGGGAAUCGGUCUACCAGUCGCGAUCAGCAGUAGCCACGACGAGAACGGCGAACGGGAUUUACGUGGUUCUCGCGCGUUGUUCCAACGUAUACGUCCGGUUUCGCCAAAGCUUCCGGGUGGCGAGAGAAAGAGCGAGCGAGCGAGCGCGGGCGCGAGAGAGAGAGAGACAGAGAGAGAAGGAAAAAUGGAGCGCGCGGCCGGAUCGAUCGCGAUACGAACGGAUGGCUGACUCGAGAGUGAACCGCGAGCGAGUAACGUAGUCGUCUUGACUCGGCCUGACGAGCGGGAUCCGUGCCGUGCCGUGCUGUGCCGGCGCCAUUGAACGUCACCACGAGCUUGCCACGGGGAAAACGGCGACGUCGCGAACGCGCCGAGUGAUCAUCCCCCGGCAUCUCUCGCGAUUCUGCGUCGCGGACGGCGGAGAGGGAGGGACAGAGCCUGGUGUGUGGUGAAAGUGCUCAUCGCGUGAUUAGGUCGAGGUCGUGUCGCUCGUCGCUGGGACCGCUCUCCUCUCUCCAUCCCGGUGACCUUCGCUGCCGGGGAUGAAGCGCGAAGUCAGGUGACGGUCCACGCAAUUUGGAUUUUGACUUGCUCGCGUCGUGCCAUUCGCAGCGAAUCGCUCGCAAUUCCGAGACGUGUAUCCCGCCGAAGGAGCCGCGGUGAAAGUGUGUCAUCGACGCGACGCGAAGCGUCGCGACGCGUUACGAGACGACUCGAGGUUUGGAUCGCGACUUAGGCACCCUCGACACCAAGUGUCGAUAUCUCGAUAUCGUAGAAGUUGUCCAUGCAUUGCUAUGCGCAACCUAUCUAAGAAUUCUCUAACAAUAAGAUACAGAAGCUCUGAGAAACAGGAAGAAAUUGAAAGUCGCAUCAACGAUCUUCUGACAGUUAUUGAAUUUUCCAUAUCCUUACCUUCUCGAUAGAGAUUGUCCAGUCUAGACUCGAGUACGCAGUUAAAAGACCUUCUCAGCAAGCAACGUAUACGCACGUGAUUUAUUUUGUCAUCGAUUCCUGAAGAGCUAACUUCUUCCUUACUGAUUAUGUCAUAUUUUCGUCAUAUGUUACUGACGGCGACUCUAUCAAUGGAAUGAGUCCGAAAAAAUAAUUGAUCAUCCACUCGAAAAUAAGAAUUUUAGAGAAAACAAAAAAGCGUUAAAUGUGUCCUAUGAUUGAUUAUAAAGAAAGAAAGUCUGCUCUGUGAGACAUCUGAGCAAUACGUCGAUAUUUCUUCCGCCCCAUCAAAUAUACAGUGACUAUGAUUGACAUCGAUUGAUUUUCUGUAAAAAUAUAAUGUUGGUGCAAGGAGAUUGAAUUCUACUCCAGUCAAACCAGUGCAUUAAGCGGUAAAUUUAACUGGUGUUCUUCGGAAGAAAGUACAUUAUCCUAGUCUCACAUUCUCUGGUUGAUUUUCAUGAAAUCAUACAGAAGUAAUAUAAUAAACGUGUGACUAAAGCACUUGUUCCUCGAGAAACUUUUCGUUGUCAAUCGAUUGGUGUACAUUAUAUAUACGCACAUUAUAGACAAAAAGGUGUGGAUUUUUUCGUUGCGUUUUCAGUGCUUUUAGAGUGAACUCGGGAGGUAAUUUACAAAUCUUGAUGCGUCCAACUAACAGACUGAACUUGAAAUUGAAAACAUAUCCAGAAAUAUCGACUUUUAUGAAAAUUAACGAACGAAUCUCAUGCUAAUUGAAAUAAUUUUAUUGGAGAUAAGGUUUAAAAGGGUAUCAUUUUAUGAAUAAUUAUUAUCGAAGUUUUCAUAAGCGUUUAUCGUUGUAACUUAUCCCGAAAGAGGGAUCCUACAAUUUAAUAACGAAGAUAAAUCACAAUUUGGAACGAACGUGACCGAUCGUUAUCAAGUUCAAUUAAUUUUUCGAAACGGUAUUGGAAACGAUUUUCCCGCUCGACGAGUUUGUUCAGUAAGAGCUUACGAGAAGCUCAAGGAGCCGUCAAUCGAAGACACUUAGGUAUACGCGGCAAAAGGAAGAAAGAGUAAGGGAUAUAGGAGUACGCACGAGAGACAGCGCGUACGCUCACAAAAUCGCAUAUCACACCCAAUCCACGCACGAUUCGCGCGUGCGUGCUCACGUGCUCACGGAUGCAGCCGGGUGGUGCAACGUGGCCAGCGUCACGCACCCACGUCUCGAACGCCCACGCGAGAUGUGUAUGAGCGCGUGACGUCCUUCGCGCGCGUAUACGAGAACGGCCCGACUGAGCGAAUGAACAGGAUCUAGCGGGAGACUUAGUCCAAAGAGUGAAUCAUGCAUCCUACGCAUUUGCCGACGCCGCUUCUGCUGGCGGUGCUGUUCGCCUGCCAGGCGGCCCGGUCCUUCCUGCUGGAGGGCUCCGCGACGAGCUACGCGCAAUUUCGCAAAUGGAACGCCGGCCUGAACGGCACCCUCGAGUUCGAAUUCAAGACCGAGCAGGGCAACGGGCUGCUACUCUACACGGACGACGGCGGCACUUACGACUUCUUCGAGGUCAAACUGGUCGAGAGUGCUCUCAGACUGAGGUACAACCUCGGCGGCGGGGCGCAGAUCGUCACGGUCGGCCACGACCUCGGCGACAGCCACUGGCACAAGGUGCAGAUCACCAGGUGCAACGAGAAUACCACCCUGACCGUGGACGGGGUCGGCGCUGUCUCGACGUCGCGCGGCAAGGAGUUCGAGUUCGGCAAGCUCGCCGGAAACUCGGACGUCUACGUGGGCGGUAUGCCUAGCUGGUAUAACAGCAAGCUGACGCUGUUGGCGCUGCCUAGCGUGAUAUUCGAGCCAAGAUUCAAUGGAUUUAUUAGGAAUCUCGUGUAUGCCGACGGGGAGAAUACUGUGCCCAGGAGGCAGGAGAUGAAGAGUCGAGACGCCAAGUGCGGUGGCUUUCCCUGCGUCGAGAGCACCAAUAAACGCAAGUCGCCGAGGAGUUUACGCAAUAUGACGAAUACGACGGAUGCUUGCGAGACUCGCGAUCCGUGUCAGCACGGUGGCAUUUGCAUUUCUACGGACAGCGGACCGAUCUGCGAGUGUCGCACCGGCGAUUAUGAAGGCGCAUACUGCGAGAAAGAGGCAUGGAGCACGAUGCUGCCCACGGCGGGUGAUGGCGAUUACUGGGCUUGGGAUUACAACAAAGCUCCUUCGGAAGCAUCCUUCAGAGGGACUGAGUAUCUCACGAUAGAUUUGAGCAAAGGAGAACCUGUGCUCAGUACACAGGAAUCCAUAAGCCUUCAGUUCAAAACGAGACAGCCAAAUGGACUUCUAUUUUAUUCCGGAGAGGGCGAUGAUUAUCUCACCAUAUCGCUGAGAGACGGAGGUGCCGCGGUCAGUAUGACCCUAGCCAAAGGAAGAUUGGACCUGCAUAUAAAGCCAACCAAACUGCGGUUCGACGAUCACCAAUGGCACAAAAUCGUUGUCCACCGGAAAGUUCAAGAGAUCUCUUCAAUAACCAGCUUUUGCAGGCUCUCUGCUAUUGUCGAUGGGAUUUACGCUGAGCACGGUCAUACCGCGGGAACGUUCACACAUUUGGCGAGCGAUCGACUUCUCGUUGGUGGCGGCGCUGAUGCGAGGUCCUUGCAGGGCGCCAAAGGGAUCAACAACUUCGUCGGAUGUCUGAGAAAGGUGGAGUUUGCCGCGGAAAGAAUCAGAAUGGAGCUAAUUGAGGCGGCCAAAAGCGGAGCGGCGGGUGCCGCAGCUUGGGGAAAGAUGGAUUUUCACUGUCGCGAACCCAGAACCACAGAUCCGAUCACGUUCACCACCAGGGACUCGCAUCUCAAGGCCGGAGCAACGGCAAACAGGCGACUCCACGGCGCUUUGGUCACCUUCACCAGCCCAGAGUCCCACCUGGUUCUGCCACCCUGGAAAGCCGCCAAGUCCGGAACUAUAUCCUUCAAAAUUCGUACGAACGAGCCAAAUGGAUUGAUCAUGUACAGCCGCAGCGGAGCGCACACGAGGCAAGAUCUGUUUGCCUUCGAGAUUCUUGGCGGACAUCUUUAUCUGCACGUCGAUCUCGGGAGUGGCCCCAUUAAAGUAAGAUCGUCAAAGACACGCGUGGACAAUGGCUCUUGGCACGACGUUGUCCUAAGGAGAGUCGAGAGAGAUGGUCGAGUCACUGUCGACAGCAACACAGUCGAGUUUCGUACGCCAGGAGAUUCCACGCAAUUAGACUUGGAUGGCUUGUUAUAUAUUGGUGGUGUGGGUGCGCCUUUUGCGCCCUUAACUGUUCCGCCCGUUUUGUGGACGGGCGCCCUUCGACAGGGCUACGUGGGCUGCAUGAGAGAUCUCGUCAUUAAUGGACAUCCAGUAGACAUCGCGGGAUAUGCGCAGCAGCAGGAUUCGGGUGCAGUGAGACCCGCAUGUCACAUUCAACCCCCGCAUUGCACUUCGAAACCGUGUAUGCAUGACGGCACUUGUCUCGAAGGUUGGAAUCGAUUUCACUGCGAUUGUACUGGCACGCCUUUUACGGGACCCACUUGUGGCAAAGAUGCGUCGACAUUGCAUCUGAACGGCACGCAACAAAUGACGGCGUUGAUGCCGGAGGACUCUAGAACGCAGGCGGAGGAAAUUGUCGUGCGAUUCAAAACGACGAGACCGCGCGGCCUUCUAUUAGCGACUAACUUCGAGAACAACGCCGAUCGUUUGCAGAUUUAUCUAGAUGAGGGCAAGGCGCACUCGCUGAUUCACAUCGGAGAUCAAGAAAAGUUAUUGACAGCUGGGCAAGGUCUCAAUGAUGACUUGUGGCAUACACUGAGGUUCUCCAGACGAUUCAAUUCACUUAAAUUCCAGAUCGACAGUGAGACUGCAAUACGAGCGGAAACGCAGCUGGGGAAGCAGGGCGUCUUGGAAUUCCGCACUCUCCAUGUAGGCGGAUAUCUUCACACGGGCGAGGACAUACCACAUUUCGUGGGCCAGCUGCAGCAGAUCUGGUUCAACGGAUAUCCAUACUUGGAGAUUGCGCGCAGCGCUGGAAGCCAUCAAGCCUCACAUCAGGGCGUCACGCCCAUCAUCCGCGUCACCGGCAAGUUUGGGAAGAGAAACCAUCCGGUUCACCAUCCGGCGACCUUCACCUCCAAGCACACUUACGUAGGUCUUCCGGUGCUCAAGGCGUACGUGGAGACCAACAUCUAUUUCCAGUUCAAAACUCGCGAAGCAAACGGCUUGAUCCUUUACAACGCCGGAAGAGAGCACGAUUUCAUUGCGGUCGAGCUUGUAAACGGACACGUGCACUACGUGUUUGACCUAGGCGACGGAGCUGUCAGGGUCAGGGACACUUCGAAGUCCAAGUUGAACGAUGGCAAAUGGCACGCUGUCAGUAUCGGUAGACCUGCCUCAAAGAGACACACUCUCGCUGUGGACGAUCAUGUGACUGCUGUUAACAGUCAGGGCAGCAACGAGAAUCUCGAUCUCGAUGGCAUUUUGUAUAUAGGUGGAGUGGAGAAGACGCAAUAUGGCAUAUUACCAAAACAGAUUCUCAGCCGUCACGGAUUCGAGGGAUGUCUGGCGUCGUUGGAUCUCAGCGGGGAAAGCACCGAUCUUAUUACCGAUGCCGUCGUGCCGAGUUCCCUCGUCACAUCCGGAUGCGACAUUUACACCAACCUGCAUCCGGGCAAGAAAUGCACUCAUGAUCUCUGUGCCAAUCAUGGGACAUGCGUGCAGCAGUGGAAUAGCUAUACAUGCGACUGCGACAUGACGAGUUUUACCGGACCGACUUGUAACGAUGAGGCUGUCGCUUUUGAAUUUGGAGCCGGAAGAGGAAUUAUCACGUAUACCUUUCCGCCUGAUCGUCGGCCGGAAAUGAAGAUGGAUACUGUGGCUUUGGGUUUCGUCACUAGUGUUAACGACGCUGUACUGCUUAGGAUAGAAUCUGCAUCGAGUAACGAUUAUCUCGAAAUCGAAAUUGUGGAAGGUACCGUCUUUGCGGUUUAUAAUAUGGGCACCAACGAUCAUCCGAUUGGCGAGGUUGGCGUGAAAGUUAACGACAACCAAUAUCACGUGGUUAGAUUUAGCAGAACUGGGCCGAACAGCACGUUACAAGUCGAUGACUACAAUUUGCAAUCUAAUCACCCGUCGGGUCAUCAACUGACAGUAUUCAACAGCCAGUCCACUAUUCAAGUAGGCGGCCGAUGGAAUCGCAGCAAGGGCAGAGUGGAACGUCCAUUCCUAGGCGUGAUAGCCGGACUGGUUGUUAAUGGUGCCAGGAUUUUAGAGUUGGCGGCGGGUAAAGAUGGCAAAGUUACAGCCAGAGGGGACGUGCAACUUCUGCCGGCCGGAAGUCUUUUAGAUCGUGCCCCGCCGCUACAAAGAAUGCAACAGACGCCCGCGUCCGGUUUUCCCGGCGUCAUGGACGACCUCAUAUUCUCCGGCGCAGGAAGUGGCUGCGCCGGAGACGACGAGGACGAGGAGUGCACUCCGAUCUACGAGUCAGGUUCCGGUAAGUAUGACAUCAUUACGCCAGUAUACGUGGCGCCCACACGAUCGCCAACGACAUUGAGGCCGAAGCUACACAAGGAAAAUAUUCAAGAGCGUCCAUCCUGCGACGACGAGGAAGACUGCGAAGAGGGCUCCGGUGAUCCCAGAACAACGGAAGAAAUUUUUGUCACCUCAGCUACCGAUAUCAGCUCGGUGACGUACACGACGCCCCGCGAGUACUCGACGAGUCACAUCAGCACCCAGACGACGUCGGGGUCGUCGACAACAUUGAGCCGCGACGUCGUCACCGUCUCCGUCCAAUACAAUGUGUCGACCACAGACCUCGAGACCAGCCAUAGCAGCAGCGUCGUGACGCAUCGAUCGACAACUGUGACGACGCAGACGACCACGACGGAAAUGACGGAACCGCCGCCACCGCCUCCGCCGCCGGUGUACCCGCCGAUACCCACUCCGCCCAAGAACAACAAUAAUAAGCGGAUCACGUCCGAGGCGGCUGAAAAUGCCGCGCUUAUAAUCGGCAUAAUCUCCGCCGCGCUGAUAGCGAUCAUCCUGAUCAUCCUGAUAAUCCUCAAGUUUAAGAACCGGCCGGAGACGAGCUACAAGGUCGACGAGACGAAGACGUUUUGUCAGGAUCCGAACGCGGCCCUACUGGGCGCCGCGAGCUCCGGCCAGCCCUUCAACGGCGCCCUGAAGAACGGCGCCAACGGCAGCAAAACCAACAAGAAGCGAGAACUGAUAGACAUUAAAGAGUGGUACGUGUAAAGGGGGGUAUCUCCACACUGGGCAGAACGUUGCCUUGUGCUCGAGAUUUGUGUACAGGACGUGGCCAAGAACGUCACCUUUCGUCGUUGUAAAGGACCGAGGAUUGAGAGAGGCACAGAAGAGUAUGCGAAACGAUUCUUCACGUGUCUCGCGGGUGUGCAAAGAAAAUGUGCUCGCUAAUCGGAGCACUCUCGGGGAGGACCUUUAUUUAAAUAUUAAUCAAGUCUAGACGAGAAUCUCCCAAGAUUCCAGAUUCCCUAAGGAUCUAUCUUGAAGCUCGACGAUUUCGGUAUAACGCGAAAAGUGAUCGAGUAUUCUCCGAGAGAAACUUCCUCGAAUUGAUCAUUGCGUAAACGAUUUUCAUGGAAAUGCCUCGUAAAAUCAGAUCAACGGUGAAUACUACGUAGUUGCGCGUGCGAGAACGAUCUCUCGGUUACGAGUGAAGAAGAGCACGUUUAGAAAAUCCUCGUGAUAGCUUACAGGAGGACCGGUGUAAAAAAAAUUACGAUUCAAUAAAAAUCCUCUCGUACUCUUCUAUGCGAAAAGGAUCCAAACGUACGAGAGACGAUCAGCGAUCAGGUAUCCUCGAUAAAGUACGUUUUCUAAGAACUUUAAGAUCAGGAUCGAUAGGUUAUACAUCUAGAAGAAAGAACAAUAUUUGCUUUUUGAGGAAAACAUAACGAAAUCGGAAUUAUGCUAUCUUGGAAAUAUAUGAAACUUCUCUUUAAUUCUAAUGCGAAUUAAAGCGAAAUCGAUCGCACUUAGGAAGGUCGAGCUACACGCUCUCGCAAACAAAGCCAACGAGUCGCGAGGUACCGAUUAACGAUCUAGCGCUGUUCCUCUUGUUUCCUCGACGCGAAAUCUCAGAACAAAAUUUAGGCAUGUAGGCAGGGAUCGAGCAUCGAUCACAAACGUUUCAAAAGGAUUUUUUUCUUUUAUUUAUCGCAAAUUUUUUCGAACUACAUUUUCCGAGUAACGCUUGUUAGCACUGCUCGAUUCUUUGUCGUAAUUAAUACUUAAUGACAAGUCGGCAAUCAGAAGAUCAGCAUUCGUGUUCAAUAAAAGGCAGCUUUUCUGCCUCGAUCUAGAACGAUUUCCCCACGAGGAACGAAGAGAAAAAACGGACGCAAAGAUCGUGGAAUUAAUCGUAGGAAUUAAUUAAAAAGAAAGGAACGUUGAAGGUGAUAUUAGCAGUGACUGAUUCGGACGAAUCUUAGGAAGCAACCUGCACCGAUGUAGGUAGGCUAUUUUUAUUAUUUAACGGAUUUUACUUCCAACAUCCUCUCUGUGAGUGCGACAUUAGAUCGUCCUCAAGUACGUCGAAAUAUAUUAACUUUGAAUUUAUGUAAUAAUCUCUAUUUAUCCCUAUUUUAUAGAGUUAAAUUAUCUAUCCAUUAAAAGUUAGACAAUAAGAUGUUCGAAAAUAAUUUGUACGAUCUUUUAAAUAAAAAACAAUACUUUAAGUAAGAAACUAAAAGAAUCGUGCAUAAAUGUUUCAUACUGUUUAUUGCUGUAAGAUUUUAUGAAUGUUAUAAAAGCCCGGAAAAGUUAAUAAUGUGUAGAGAGAAAGAGGGGAAUUAUAUUAUUUUACAUAAAAUAUUUAUUUAUUUAAUUUAAUUUAAUAUAUAAAGAAUGUUGAUAUGACUUGUGCAGAUUCAUUGAUUUAAAAUAUAAAGAGCUGCAUAGAAGAAGGAAUAUUUUAAUUUUUUGCAGGAUUAUAUUUUA